GUCAAGCCAAGAGGAUGUCGCUUACUUUCGUGCGGAGCUUCGUGCUCCUGUCCCCCCAGUUAUUGAAGGUGGGUCUGAAACUCCUGAAUCGCCCCGUUCUUUGCCACCUAGGAACCUCCAGCGUUCCUGUAUCUGUGCCGGAACAGACCGAUCCCCUCCAGCUGAGCCCCGGGAACUAUAAGUACCUCCUGGGGGAGGAAAACAGGACCAAGUGCAUGGAGAAGAUGCACAAGUUGCCAGUUUUCAAGAGACCCCGGGGCUUGCCGCCCAGCGACCACGAGAAGAACUUCUCCUCCGUGCUCAUAGCCCUCUGCCAGGAGCGGGGCAAGGACGAAGUGUCUUUGUUGUACACCCGCCGCUCCAGAAACCUCCGCAGCCACAGUCUGCAUCCCUCCUUUCCGGGCGGCAGAAUGGAGCAAAACGAUGCCAGCUAUGUGGCAUGUGCGCUGCGCGAAACGGAGGAGGAGAUUGGACUGCCAGGCCACCGCGUCCAAGUGUGGGGCGAGGCCAUGGUCAUCCACUUGCCGCGCACUUCGUCCAUUGUGCCGGUGGUGGGCGUGAUUCCGGACUUCGACAUGGCCGAGCUGCGCUUGAACCCAGACGAGGUGGAGGAGGUCUUCACCGUGCCGCUCAACUCAAUGAUCCAGCCGACGGCCACCCGGCACACCCAGUUCCGUAGCGGCUACAGCAUCCCCGUGUUCGCAGUGGAGCCCCGGCGAGUGUGGGGCAUCACCGCCUACCUGACGCUCCUCUUCCUGCACAGCCUCCUGCCCGCCAGCCUGCUGCCCGACUGCCUCAGGAACAGUGUCCAGUUCGUGCGGCCCUUCAAGACGCCGUGGCUGGCAGCCCGCAACCGGAACCAGGUGUCGGACAACUCUAUGCGGGAUUAGGCCAGACCUUUCUUAAGAUAAGAGCCCUGCGCUUGUCUUUUUGUGUUUUUUAUUUGUAAUUUUUCACUUAAAUACAAAAAAUACUCUUCAUUCCUCUU